UCACGUUCACGCCGGCGUCUGUCGUAUAUUUUGUCCAGCUAUUAAUAAUAUAUCAUAUAGAUACAUAUAUUAUAAUUAUAUGGUAUAAUUGACAGUUGACAGGACUACGUAUAAAAGAUGGACGAUAUAGUACUGAGGUUGUCUGACCAUGUAUUGGAAAUAAUAUUUUCAUAUUUAGAUUUAAAUACUAUUAGAAAUUGUUUGUUGGUUUGUAAAGCUUGGUAUAGAUUUUUAAAUGAUGAAAACAAUGACAUUUGGCGUAUGCAUUGUAUAAGAAAAUUAGCGCAAGAAGCACUUAGCUCGGAAUUACUAUCAUCAGUACCUACUUAUAAAGAUAAAUUACGUGCACUUUACCAUGCGUGGAAUCCAAAUGAUUGUUCAAGAAAUAUUUAUAUAAAACCUAGUGGAUUUACUCUGCACAGGAACCCGGUUGCCCAGAGUACGGACGGAUGUCGUGGUAAAAUUGGAUUCCGACAUGGACGUCAUGCUUGGGAAGUUAUCUGGGAAGGUCCACUUGGUACUGUCGCUGUGAUAGGCAUUGCUACCAAAGAAGCAUCACUUAUUUGUCAUGGUUACGUAGCUUUACUUGGUUCUGAUGAACAUUCUUGGGGAUGGAAUCUUGUUGACAAUCACCUUCUACACAAUGGUGAUGCACAAGGAAAUUAUCCUUUACUUAAUAAUGCUCCAAAGUAUCAGGUUGGCGAGAGAAUCCGUGUAAUACUCGAUUGUGAUGACAAUACGCUGUCCUUUGAAAAAAAUUACGAAUUUCUCGGUGUCGCAUUCCGCGGAUUACCAGACAAAAAAUUGUACCCAUCAGUUACUGCAGUUUACGGUAACACUGAGGUCUCAAUGGUCUACUUAGGGCCACCUUUAGAUGGCUAACACCUUUUUUAAUACUCUGAAUACUCAUUAAAUAAUUUCGUAACUUUAAUUACGAAUUAAGGUACAUUCGGAAAUACUCUAGCUCUAGUUCUAGCCAAGCACCGUCGUAUAGCAAGAGCCAGAUCAUCUCCGAAUGCACCCUAAGUAUAGGAAAUAUUAAGAAGUAAUUUUUCCAUUUUAUAACAAUCAUUUUUUUGAGAUUGUACAGAAAAAUUAUUACUGUGACUUAAUACUCAUUACCUACCAAGUAUUUAUUUAUUUAUUUAUUUAUUUAGUUAAUUUUGUAAAUAGUUACGUUUAUUAUAUUUUAUAAUAUAAUACUCCAAUUGAAUAUUUUGUUUUCCGUAAUAAUGCCAAAAUAUUCCAAUGAAAAAUGAUGUGAUUGUGAAUGAAUUUUUUUAAUAAGCUGCAAUAUUUAAUUACUAUUAUAUAUUAAAAUCGUUUUUAAGAGUAUUUAUAUUGUAUUACUAAUAAGUUUAUUUGAUAUUUAAAGUAAAUACAUUUAAAGCCAUUCUUAGACAAUCCCCCCACCCACUUUUUAAAAAUUUUAAAUUACUCAACUGUCAGGCGUAUCAAAAUUUUAUCAAUUAAUUGAAAAAAAGACAGUAAUUUCAUUGAUGUAGAUUUAAACAAAAAUCACUCAGUUGACAUCAAUUAGGAGCCAAACGAAAUUUGGAAAAUAAAUUUCAGUAAAAUCUCGUGUCAAUUUUAUAAUUCGAAUUUUCAAAUUUUGUAGGGUAAAAUUUAUUUACUGAAUUUUGUUUGACUCCUAAUUGAUAAAAACUGUAAGUAAUUUUUUUUAAUUCUCCUUUUUUUUAAUUAAGGUUUCAAUUUUUUUUUUUUAUAAUUAAAUAAUAAAAUUUUAAUACACUUAUGGCAGUUAAAAGUCAUUGAAAAUUUUUAAAAAGUAGGGGGCAAUGUCUGAGAAUGCUCUUAAUUGAUCUUAUAAAAGAAAAAAAAAUUAAACAUUUCCAUGUAAAUAUUUAUUAAUCUACAAAAUAAAAAUUUAAUUAAUUGUAGUUUAAUAAUAAUUUUUGUACAAAGUAGUGUAUAUAGCUUCCAUGAACAUGAAACUAAUAAAUGUCAUUUCAUACAGAUUAUUUUUACAUGGCUUAAAAAAAAAAA